CAUCACUAUUCAAUGUCAUUCAAUCAGACGACCAAAGUGAGGUUAUAAUUUCGCAAUCGCUCCCGAGAUGUUAUGUAGUAAAUUAAAACAAAUUGUAUUACCACAACAGGCCUUAAACAACACCGUACAGUUUCGCUACUUGGUAACGUCUCGAUAUCUGUUCAAGCAAUGGAUCUGGUACGAUGGGUUUUUGGCGAAUUUAGGUAAAAAAGAAGUUGGUAGAAUGUCUGCCUUCAGGUUUAUUUUGAGGGAUUUUCGCGUGUGGAGUGCUUGGACAAGGUGUAAUAUAGUGAGUACGGUGGUUAGAAGGUGUAGGAGAGAUCGCAGUGUAAGGGAAGUGAUACAGAGAUUCAAACAAACAUUCUUUCGACCGAGAAGAACUCUGCUAAUAUCAGCUACUGCUGCCUAUAAGGCUCGUGACGGAGAUAACGAAGAUGAUACCCCAGUCAGCUGCGACAAAAAUAUUACAGAUGAGGAAUUACAGGCCUUGGUAUCAGAGCUGGAGGGAGUGGAGAUGCUGUCGAGGAACACACUGUUCUGCAUCGGUUGUGGAAAGAGGCUAGUCAUUGAGAAGAAGCAGCCCGGAGUACCGUACUGCUCAUGCAAAGUAUCAGAGAUGCCGGCGGAGUCUCCGGACGGUUGGGUGCCCUAUAUGGAGGCUGAGGAUGUCAUCAUAUGGAGGAAAGAGUACAAACCUGGCAUGGGACUAUAUGCGUAUAAAGUAUACGGCAGGUACCUAGACGUGCGAGCAUCAGAUUUCGCCGCGGUGCAAGUGGACGGCGCGUACCGGACCGUGUGGGACGCGGCCGUCGCGGCGCUGGCGGUCGUGGAGCGCAAGGCCAAUGGACUGGCCGACCAGGCCGUGUUACAUUGGGAGGUGCUGUGGCCGAGGCUAUUCGCAAACAGAGACUACGUAUACAUAAGACGGCACAAAGAAUUCGAUGUCGCGACACAAAGCCUCCCGCACAAAGACGGACUGUUUCAGGCGUCACAAACCGUUACCCGAAAUGAGACAGUGUACACCGAAAGACCCAGUGUGCACUCGAAAGCGAAACGGAAAGCUAUGGAGGCUUGUAGUAGAGAGAGAGAUGGAGAGAUGUGUGAGAAUAAGGUGUAUGUUAUCAUGUCUCGGUCCUGUGAACACCCGAAGGUGCCGGAGUCCAAACAUGCCAUUCGGGUUUCUGAAUAUUGGAGUCAUAUGGUCGUUAAAACCCUGAAUGGACCUGAUAAGGCGGGUAUGGAGUUCGUGCUAACGUACUACGACGAGCCGGCGGUGGGGGGGAUGCCCACUACGGUGGCCGCCUGGGCGACGGGGCGCGCCGCCCCCGCCUACCUGCAGCGCAUGCGGCGAGCUGCCUGCGAUUACAGAGCUUGGAGACGGAACAAGCAGGAGGAUCUACCGGAGUUCAUACCGUUCGCUAGAGACGAGCCGGACGAGGAGCAGACUGCAGGCAUCGUCAAUGAGGAAGAUAUGAAGUCAUCCCAAACGGGUCCGGAGCUAGAGAAGUCGGACUGUACCCGAGAUCAGAGCACGCAGACGGACGUAGUGUCGACGCUGCCGCACCAGCCUGAGGCCAAGGUGGCACAGCUGUCCGGCAAGGUGAAGGAAAAUGUCGGCGCUGAACUUAAAGAUGUUCAUAAUGAGACCCAACCCCUAACUCCGGAGCCGGAGACCCCCAAAGAAGAGGAGGAACCAAAAACUGGUGGGUGGUGGCGAUAUUUGUACCCAUUCUAUUAUUUUGUUUAAAAUCAAACUACAUACGGCUACAUAUCGACCUAUACAACACCAGUUUACCAUGGUCUCGCUUUAUGUAAUCUCUCCCUACUUUCGACAAUCAGUUUGCAUAACGACGGUUAACAGCCAAUUCCAAUAACCUACCUAUCGGUAGAUUUGCUUACUAGAGAUAGUAUUUUGACAUAAGCUCCAUACAAAAUGUGUCAAAAUUCUACCUCUGGUAGGCAAAUCUACCGAUAGGUAGGUUAUUGGAAUUGGCCAUAAAAGGAAAUAGGGUAUAAGCGACAAAAAAUGAAAUGUUCAGGAGAGCCGUUUAAACUCGUCGGUCGUCGAAAGAAUACUAGGAAAAUGUUUUUUUUUUGCUAGGGUAUAAACGCCUAAAAUGUCAUCGUAGAGCCAUGAGAGUAAGCGCAUUCGAAAGAGCGGAAAAUUUUACGUAGGAUAGCAUAAUAAACUCAUUUUUGACCAAAAUGUCGCUUAUACCCUAUUUCCUUUUAAUCGUCGAUAUUUAUCAUCAACAGCCUAUAAGUGGCCACUGUUGACCAAAGACCUCUCUUUACACAGAAGGUUUGAGCAUUAAUCACCACGUUUGCUCAAUGCGGGUUGGCGAUUUUCAAACUUGUCUUUCAGGUUUCCUUACGAUGCUUUCCUUCACCGUUUGUCAGUGGUGUCUAAAUAAUCUUAGAAAGUACAUAUAACUGGGAAAAAGUCACAUUGGUACUUGCCGUUGGUAGGUUUCGAGUAACCAAGACUAGUUAGUUUAUUAUUCUGGUUAGCAUAGGACGAUGUGUAGCCCUACCUAUAUACAAACGAUGUAAGAGACUAAGUACUCGGUCACCGUCAAUUUUGCUGAUUGUACUUUUUUGUGACGAUAUUUUAUUUAACACAAAUUUCAAUACAGUUUAGUUCGCCAAACUUUUUAGUUUGAUGGCGAGAGAGAUUCGUUUUUAUUUCAUUUUCCAAACAAACUUGAUAAACUUAACUACAAUUUAUAACAAAAUAAAUUAAUUGGUAAAUUAACGCUUGGGUGUGCUUUAGUAGUAGACAUUAAACAAAUAUAAUUAUUUUCUCUUUAACAUGAAAACUUGUAUGAGUUAUCAUUUAAAAAACACAUGACAUUGUUAGUUUUGAAUCUAACAAACAAAUUAUAUUAGUCCUUUUUAAAAGGCCAGCAACGCACUUGUGACGCCUCUGGUGUUUCAAGUGUCCAUGGGCGGCGCUGAUCGCUUACCAUCAGGUGAUACGUCUGCUCGUUUGCCUAACAAAAAGUAGCCUGGGAACGCGGGCUAAGCAAUUUUCACCUUUAUUAUUAUAGUACUUAGAUCACAAAGUUCCUAAUACAUUUUAAGUAAAAUAAAUAUUUCUUUGAAAUUUCAGUUCAACAUACAAAAAGUACAAUUCACAGAUUAGACGAUGACCAACUAACAAAAAAAAAUUGACAAAUAAUAUUAUUAUAAGUGUUGUAUAAAUAACUUUAAAACCUUGCAUUAAGGUUCAAUUUUGCUUAACAACCGAUGAAAUUAUAUUUUUAAAGAACACUGGGUCUCUUAUAUUAAUUGUUUAAAAAUUCUAUCUUCUAUGAACUGUUUGCUAAUGCAAUAUUAACCCUAUUUCUUGAGCGAUAAGGUGCAUUUUAAGCACUAAUAUACAAAUAUGUGACAAUGAGUCAAAAUGUUGUAAUUUAAGUGUAAUAAUUAUAAAUUAAAAUUAAUUAUAAAUAAAUUGAAAUGUUGUUGAAAAGUCGUGUUUCGAGCUCGAUCGAUCACUUUCGGACUAUACGGGGGCCGAUAGCUCAUACAAUUUAAAUGAAUUAUAAUUCUCUUAAAUAGGGAUGAUGACGGGGUAUGAAAAUUGAAAAUCUAUUUAGUCCGUCAGUUAGGUAAUGAAAAAAUAUUGGACACGUAUUUUUUUUAUUUUGUCAUUUAAGAUAACAAUACUUAGAUAAAACGAAUCAAAGUUUUGGAGUGGGAGCAAAUACAUACGUCAUUUCUACGUAUAAAACGUACCUAGAAGUGACGUCACGCGAUAUUUCAAAUCGAUAUAUCUCCGAAAGUAUAUGUUUCCGUAAGAAAAUAAAAAAUACGUGUGUAAUAUUUUUAAAUAAUCUACAAGACGGACAUUAGAAUAAAAAUUAGUCAUCUACCCUAUUUUAAGGUACUCCUAAGUUAAAUGAAAUUUGGUUUUCACCAACUUAUGAAUAAGUGACACUUACCUACACAGGUAAGGUAUUAGUUUAGGUGCUUUUUUUGAAGGGGGAAAAUCAUCCAAUGACUUCUCUCGCCUUGGGCGAGGCGAAAGAGAGUGUCAGACUCUUACUGACUAAAAACCACCCCGUUCCUACUUCUGCCCUUCGAGCCGGAGCCCCGGUAAACCCGCUAGGUAGUCCGCAGCUCCGGAUUAGUUUAAGUGC